AUAAAUAUCUUUAACUGUGUAAAUUCAAAACAUUGAUAUUAGUGUGGCGUGCUAGCGGAGUAAUAAAUUAAAACUUUGCAGGACCAUUGAAUGUGAGGCGGAGUGUAAACAAUAUGUCUGUGGAGGCGAGGAGCAGCGUGCUGGGGUUUAGAGUUGUUGGGCUCAAAUUCAGUGAGGAAAAUAAAGGGGUUCAUCAAUUGUUAUGGAAACAGCACACAAUCCGGACACACAGUGAUUUGAAGCCCACUGACCGUACUCUCUUUGUAGUCAACGUUCCACCCUACUGUACAAAGGAGGCAUUCCAACGGUUAUUUUCAGAAUAUGGAAAAGUUCAGAAUGUGUACUUUCAUAAAAAGCCAACUUCAGGGCCGCCUCAGGUGGCCAAGUACCCGUAUUUCUCUACCGUAGCACCAGUCUUGGGCUUCAAAGUGGCUUACAUAGUAUUUACACAUUCAUCUGCAAUCAAGAAAGCCAUGUCUGUUUCACCUGCCACAGUCUUGGUACUGUCUUCACAGGAACACCCAAUACUAACAGGAGUGCAGAAAUGGCGGCAGCAAUACAAUGAACAGUUUGUCAGCCAAGCCAAAAUGAAUGACGAAAUUAAAGGCCUGAUGGCAGAGUAUGACAGGAAAAAAGAACAAGAAAAAGCAGCAGCCCAACAGGAGCCUGAUGAUGAAGGCUGGGUCACAGUUACCUCAAUGAAGAAAAAGAAGCCAAAGGUAGAGAAAGUGGAUGAAUUAAAAAGCAAGAAGAAUAGGAAGAAAAAGAAACGACAGCAGUUGGUUAAUUUCUACACCUUUCAGCACAGACAAGCAAAGAUGGAUCAUCUUGCUCAACUACGUAAGAAGUUUGAAGAGGACAAGAAGAGGAUAAACCUAAUGAAGGAGUCAAGGAAGUUCCGGCCAUACUGACCCAUCAACUGCACACAGGAAAAUUAUUUAAUGUGAUACAUAAGGUUUAGUAGAGAAGGGGGCGAAGAAUGCCUGUAAACCAAUACUGUAUCGUAAUAUUUAACCUAUUAAAUAGAAUUCUCA